GUUUGUUGUGUCUUAAAAUUAAAAGACAGAUAUUUCUUGUUCCCAAAACUGUUUUGAUGAGUGCGUGUAAAAAUUUCCGAAGUGUUUCCGAGAAAUGAAAUUCAGCAGUUUUUUAUUCAAAAAUAAUUUCGAAUUCGAAAAGGUUUUACCAUAAUGCGAGAUAGUGCGAUAGAUAUUACCAACUGACAUAGUCUCACAAAAAAUCUGUCGGAGGUGCUACAAAAACGUGCGAAAAAUACACGAAAUUGUCCAAUCUGCUAUCAUGCACGAUCAAAACUUAAAGGAAAAACGUCAACAUUACAUCGAGAACCUAUCAAGCACCUGCAUAACAAUCAAAAAAGAUAAUCGAGUGCCUGUCCAAAAAGAAACCGAACCAAAGGAAACUUAUGUUGUUAGUCCCAAACUAGAGCCCUGCUUAUUUCCCAAUAAUACUGUGGAAAACUUCCAAGAGAAAACUUCAGCAAAAAAGAAAAAAGGUCCUACAACAAUACAUUCAAGCAUCGUUAAUGUCCAAGGAAAGUAUCCUCAUAUUAAGCUACCCAAAAAAUCUCUGGAUAUGGAUAUAGCACCUAUUGUGUCGUUUACUCUGGGAGAAGUGGAUACUUACUUUGAAAAUAGGAACCUGGAUAUGUCCAAGUAUAUUUACAGACAAAAAAGAAUAAAGAAGAGGAAACAAUUUGAUUCUGACAGUCAUCCUUCUAAAUCUGCUACAAGCCAAACCGUCAGUUCAGUAAAUGGAAAAAGCAUGACUGUUGCAGCUGAUGAGACCAUUAAAAAUCCAGAAUUAGAAACUUCUGACAACGUGCUGAUGUUAGAUGAUUUACCCUCUUCAAAUAAAAGAAAAUUUUUAUUCGGCAAAGAUCCAAGUCUAAAAAUAAAAAAAAUAUCAGUUGGAACACCUACGAAUUCAACAGUUGUCUUUGAUCGACUUUUGCCGAAUACUUUAUCUGACCAUAUAACAUCUUAUCCACAAGAUGAUCCUCGAAUCGCCACCAAACCUGAUUUUAUUCAAGUCUUAGGUUUAACACCUGCAACAGAUGAAGCUGUAUCUCAAAACUCCCUCAUAUGCCAAAUUUGCAAUAAUGUACAGGCCAGCAAACGAAAAAACUUAUGCACCAAAUGUAAGUAUCCAUAAUGACGUUACUGUGGAUGGUCUCGAGAAUAACAAAUGUAAAGAACCCAGUACAUCAUUGUCAAUGCGAAAAUCUCUUCCUGCUACAGUUUUAGUAUCGAAGUAAGUUUCUGUUCGUAACAAAAGGUCAUUACCAGCAACCAAACGUUCGGAAGUUCGCAGAAGUCAUCGAAAACGUAGGCAAAUUAUUCAACUAUAAAAAUAUUUAAAAAACUGAUGCAACUUGAUACAUUCAUAAUCACAUUAUCACAUUUUUGGUAUGUAACUAAAAAUAUAUUAUUAGGUGAA